UUCUUCAAAAUCAGAAUUAAUACUGUUGCUUUCCAGCUGUUUCCUAUUUAAUUUCAGAGCACACAGAUUUCUACACACAUUGAAGAAAGUCAUUAAGGACAACUUCUUGAGGAGUCCCUGCAAGUAUGUUUAAGAAGCUCCAAGCUUGUUAUGAAACUUAUAUCAAAACCUUUUUUUCUUCUGUGAAGGAAGAGCCCUACAAUCCAACUGGCAGCAUUUUUCAUAAGCAAAAAAUUGUUAGAUAUGGCACCAAUGUGAGGAAUACACAACUACCCCUGGAACAGAGAGCCCAAGCUGCAAAAAAUAUUGGACUGCUAGCGUACACAGGUGGGCCAAAUGCUGGAAUUUAUGCAUCAGAAUACAUCCAGGACCUAAUUGAUAUCUUGCACAUGCCAGAUACUUCAGCAAACGUGAGGAUCCUGGUGCUCCAAGGGCUGUGCGGUAUUUGUUAUAUAAAUUACAGUAACCAAAACAAGGUAAAAGAUCUGAAUCUUGCUGAUGUUCUUUUUGUUUGUCUCACUGAAGAUGAAAAUUCAUCCCCAGCUAGCAACCAUAUUACGGUGGUUAAGUUCUGGGUUUGUUACCUUCUGACUGUCCUUUGUUGCAACAAUAUCCCAUACAUCAGAAUACUCCAUGAAUUGGGAGGUCAAAUGCUGGAAACAAAGCUGAAAAGCCUGUCUCACAUGGAAUGGUCUGGCUGGCCCGAUAAUUAUGCAGAAGUACUGUUUUCCCUUUUGGGGUUUCACAAAGGUCAACUUACUUCUGCUAUUUAAAAUGAAAUAACCCUCUCAAGGAUUGUUAUAACAUGUGAAC